AUGGCAUCUGCGGUUGUAAUGGGCCUUGGCGUGGCCACCGCGGCCUUUUUGGGCCGUGCUGGAUACAUCGCCAUGCAGCGCUACCGAGGAGGAGUCAAUAAGGUUGGCCGCGCAUUCUACAAGGGAGGCUUCGAAUCUAAGAUGACUCGUCGCGAGGCCUCCUUGAUCUUGGAACUCUCAGAGCGGACCUUGACAAAGGACAAAGUCCGUAAAAACCACCGGCAGCUGAUGCUGCUGAACCACCCUGACCGCGGCGGCAGUCCGUACCUGGCUACGAAAAUCAACGAGGCAAAGGAGCUGCUGGACAAGACUGUUUGA